GUUAUCUAUCAUUUGGUUGUAGAUAAAUCGCUGGAAGACGAAAUUUCUAGUAGGCAUCCAUGCAUCAACGGAUUACGAAACGUUAUCCGGUUGUCGGCUAAAUUUGGUGUAACGACAUUCACCAUACCCUUACUGCUUGCCGAGAAAGCAAAGGAGUAUAUGACUUCAAAUUGGUGUAUGAAACGGGCCGAGCUAAUUUUCAAAUGUGUGAAAGGGUUCAUGAUGGAAGCAUGUUCGGGUGCUUCAACAGCUGGUGGUGGUCCUCCCACUGCUACAACUCAUUUCAAUGUGAAUUUUGUUCUACCGGAAGAUUUGCAAAAAAUUGUUUAUAGUGAAAUUUUGGAAUUGUUUCCAACGAUAUUUCAUAUGGUACCAUCAGUAGUUAUGUGA